AUGUGGGGAAUUUCCAUCUUCGCUGCCAAAUUUCUGAAGAUGGAGGACGGAUUGAUGGGAUGGGACGAUGCCGGUAGCCGCCAGCGAGACGCUUCGCUCUUGACAAAGAUGUACGGAAACGAGGAGGAAGGCCUAAGGCAGCCUUUUUCAAGGGAGGGCUACGAUGAUUCGGUUUCUUCUUCUAGGUCCCAUUGUGUUGAUGUUAGUGAAAAUCUCGUAAUCUUAUUUUGUUUAGCUAUUCAAAGAUUCGUUCCCGCUCCCGUGAAGUUGUAAUAUGAUUCUUGUAUCUGUGCUUGGGGCAAGUUGCAGGUUCCGCACGUCAGACAACUCUGUAACUGGGAUUGUGGCCUUGCCUGUGUGCUGAUGGUUCUUAGAACUUUUGGUAUGAAUGAUUUCAGCAUCCACGAUCUUGAAGAGUUCUGCUGCACAACGAGGUCAGUUAUAUCACCCUGCCUUGUUACUGAAUGGUUAUUUGAAGAUGAUAUACCCCCGCAGUAGAAUUGUUUUUAUUCAAUGCUGCUACAGAUGCUUAAAUAUCCUCUUCUCUCCUCAGCCCUCAAUUUCUGUGGUAAUUUAUUCUAGUUAUCUGAUUUCGUUUAUGAUAUACAGUUCUUAAAAUACCUCUAACAUACUGUAGUAUCAACCUUAGUAGAUUGGUAAUAUUUUGACUGCGAUCUGUUUGCUGUUUUUGUUCUACUUGCGAAUUUAUAAUUAUUUAUUUAUUUUUCUUAUUUGCCUUAUGUUCUUCUCGAGCUUUUCAUGUUUAGGAGGUUUUGACGUGGCGUGUUUCAUUUUCAAAUGCAUACUGAGGAUGUGCUACAAUAUUGUACUGGUGAAUUACGAAUAAGCCAAAAUUCUGCCAUGACGCGCGUUGUACUGAGUCUGUUGUGGAUACAAUGUAUGAUGUAAUCUUUGGUGUUUUUGUGCUGUUUUUUUUUUUUUAAAUUCUGUAUCUGGUUUAGGAUUGGAAAUUCAUUUCUUCCCAUGGUCAAAUCAUUUGUAUGUAGGAUAUUUUAAAUGAGUAUUUAUAUUCAGGGAUUUAUUUUAGGGACCUGAGACAUUCCUGGAAAUUAGAGUGUCAGGGUGCUACAUGUGACUUGAAUUAGGACACUUUUCAGGAAAUCAAUCUUGUGGAAAUGCCUAUAUCAUGGCACGAUUCCAAUACUCAUGCAAAACAUUCUCUACCGACAUUUUCUUGUUCCAGAAAAUAUUGGCUGAUAGAUAUUCUAGAUUUCAUCAUUUAUCUUUCCAUCACUGUACAUCAAUCAGAGGAAGUCGUUUUAACAGUUAUCUUUACCCUUUUGCAGCAUCUGGACUGUUGACUUGGCGUAUUUGUUGAAAAAGUUCUCGAUUAAGUUUUCAUUUUUCACUGUGACUCUAGGAGCCAAUCCGGAUUUUUCUUCAGAGGCCUUUUAUAAGGUGCGUCAAUUAUAACUCCAGAUAACCAACAAGUUUUGUUUUAUAUAAAAUUUAAACUUUUACUUAUAUGAAAGCAAUAUUCUCCAGAAGGGACCUUGUGAUUUUGGAAACUUAGUUUAUGCAAAAAAUUUCAAUUCUGAGAAAUGUUCGUAGCCACAAUUUAUGUUUUUUUUUCUCGUUCUUAUGUUGCCAUGACUUCGUACGCUUAGUGUUCAUGUCCAACGGUUAAGAUGAUGUUUGAUAGACACGUCAAAAAUUAGGGGCUGAUAGGCUGGGAUCACUUGACAGAAGUCAUUUAACUUGUGGAGAUACUGCAUUAAACAUCUUGAAAGGUAAUACAUUAAAUUUAGAAAAUUUUCCAUCUUCAUAACACGUGAGCUGUCAUCAAUGCUAGAUAUGUCCAGAAAUAGUACAAGCGUAGACGUGUUUCCUUCAAGUUUUUGUUAGAGAAAUAAACUAAAGUUUUAUAUGAUUGGCCUGUCUCUUUCCUGUGUCAUUAGGCCCAUGUACUACUGGGCUGAUUGUUACAUUAACCUGGAAUAAAUUACUAAUCCGACUCUUACUUGCCAACUUGCAUGCACAUAUCAGUCAUGGACAACUUCUGAUGUAAAAGAUUGAUGAUUAAUAUUUAUAUUCUUCUUAGAUUGAUGCAUACUGUUUGAUCUUCAGACCCUGCGUAAUAGGUGCAGGUGUUCUUGUUUACCAGGGCCUCUCUACUAAAAUGUCAAUCCACCUGACUGUGCUUAGUUCUCUCAUCAAAGUUUAACCUCUGACAACUAAGAUAUCAACUGGAUUAUCAGAAUACAUUUUUUUGGGAUCCCUGUAACCCAUUCCAAUAACUCUUAUGAGACCUUUCAGUUAUAUCAAUUCGUAUGAUCGGUCAGUCGUAACUCUGUGUUCUUCCUCAAUACUGAAUCUUUCUGCAAUAGUCUGUUUCUUAGAUCACUGUGAUUUUUCUUCAAUGAAUAUUUUGCCUCUAAAAUGGCAUAUGAAUUUCUGCGAUGCUCUCAAUAUAUACAAUAGGAGUCCAACUUCUGAAGGCAGUUGGCGAUAUAAUGAUCUACAUGAUACUAUUAAAACCAUUUGUGCCUAACAGAACUUAUCGAACCAUGUCUGAGGACACUUUACGUUGUUGAUUGUCCUCUUGGAUCGACGCUCCUCUUUUGAAAUGUCCCUUCGGGCAAUGAGCCUUCCAAGUUUGAUUUGAGAUCAUAUCUCUGAGUGAGCGAGCGAGAGAGACAGAGAGAGUCUUUUUCUUAUGUAUGGGAGAGAGCCUCAUUUUAGCGAUAGAACAUCAAUUCUCUCUCUUUGUUUCUCUAGAAUUUUCGCUUCUUUUCUGUUUUACAUCUCUUUGGUUGAUUAAACGGGUGCUCCAAUUGGGGAUCUACGUGGCCUUUUUUUCUUAUCGUUCGUACAAUCUCCUCACAGUCCCUUCUAUUGUAAAUUUCUGUCUAUGCACUAUUUGCAAACUAUCCUGCUCUGGCUUGGCUCCAUUUCUGUGUGAGUGUAUUUAUCUGUCUCUUAAUAUUUAUGUGAAGUAUAACCCAUGUCUUAGCCAGGUAAUAUCUGCUAAUUGGAAAUUGGUUGAUGCCAUUGUAUCCAAUAGUCAUGCUAUUCUCUGAGCCACCAACCUUCUUGGACGUCUCGAGAAUGAAGAUCACGAUCUCUCUUCUUCGUUUCCCUAAAUUGGCACUUUUGGGGAUGGGGAGAAAAAUAAUGUCGAUAGUGAGGACUCUCACUUUGUGGGAUUGUAUCUAGAGCCUGAUUGAAUACUAGCCCUCCACCUCUUUGGAAAAUUUAACCAGAGUUCGAUAUUUUAUCUUAUUCAGCUUGAGAUUGGGUGUGAAUCUGAUGACGAGUGCCGUUUAUGCAAUCAUGCCAGAAUAGCUCUUAUUUUUGCUAUAAUUAAAGGAGAAGUUUUUACCUAAAGGUUGAUGAUGCUCUCUACAUAGUUAACUAAUCGCUACGCUCUGUUUUGUUAUGGAAUUAUUGCAGGAGCAAUUACAUGAUGAUCGGGGAAGAGUUAAUACGCUUUUUGAGGAAGCAUUAGAAGCUGGAAUCCGCAUAGAGGUGAGUACUGUCUUCAGCCAUGAACCUUUUAUGGAGAGCUACUUCCUUAUAAAGCGCUUAGGAAAUUAUAUUUCUCGCAUAUUUUCUAGGGCAUCUCGUUGCCUUUGGUUUAAGCAUAACCUGACAACAAGACUGUUUAAGAGGGCAAACCUUGCUCGACAAGUAGACAUUGAGAUAAGAGUUAUAAGAUUUAUUCAUUCCUAGAAAGGAUUUCUUAGUUACUGAUAGAGUACAUGGUGGAUGAAGGAUAUUUGUGUCGAUUAAUCGUGAUUGAAUAGUAAAAAUCUAUUGAGUCUCGUAUGCUUAAUAUAACCAUGUUUUAUCUCAUCUUUGAGCUGGACAACAUUUUGUGAUUGGCUUGAAGAAGUAACUUUUUAACAUUUUUGACUUGAACGAAGCUGUAAACUAACAUGUAGGACAUAAGACUGUAAUGCUCAUCAAAUUUUUACCGUACCACAACAAGAAGUAUUUCUUCCAGACAAAAAAUCACCUUCCAUGGUCUUAAUCUAGGGUCGAUACUUAUCAUGCCAGAAAUAGUGAUGAUGCGUGUCCUAAUAAUGAUUUUGGAAAGCUUGGGGUUUCAUUUUCCAUUUAUUGGCGUGUGAAUUGCUCAUCAAGCUCAUUAUAUUGAAUUAAAUGUGAUAAAAUUGAUAGAAAUCGCCAAAAAUAAGUCUAAAAUGUAACUAGACGAUAUGCAGUGGCCUUACUCAUUUUGUGCUAACUAUUUCUUGUGCUCUACAGCACAGAUCGCUUAGCGGAAAUGAUAUUUCUCUCCUAAUGUUAUCAGGUGGAUGCAUUGCUAUUGCAUUGGUUGAUAAAUACAAGCUGAGGUAGUUCUACACGAACGCAAACCACAUUUUUUUCUCAUUAUGAAAAUGAAUUAGGAGGCUCCCUUGCUCCCUUUUAGGUUUUUCUUCGCUCCAUAAGUUUUUCCUAAAUUGUUAAAACUGAUAUGCAAAAACUGCGUUAUUUUCUGGAAAGGAAGAAAAUAAGAGUCAAGUCGUGAUCACUUUCUUCUCUUCUAUUUUAUUAUUUCCUUGCUAUAAUUUACCGUCAAGUUCCUUUUACCAUGUAGUUUUUUUUUCCUCCCCCCUGUCGAAUGAACACUAAGGUAAUACCAAAAUAUUAAAUCCAAGAGAGUAACAACGUCUUCUUCGGUGUGAUGCCGUGAAAGAGUCGGAAAACUCCGCAAUAGGACCGACCAAGGAGACAUGCCAUUGUGUCCAUUUUCAUUUUAAUGUUUAUUAGGCUCCAAUGUCUAUAAUUUCCUUGCCCCAGAACUCAGGGAUUGGCCUACAUGCGCCUGUGUUCAUCCUUUUUCUGCAGACUAUUAUUUUUACGAUCUGACAUCGUACAACUUCUAUGAUUCUACUUGAAGAUUGCAUCUGUCAUCCACCACUUUACAUCAUUGAAUUAUGUGACGCAGUCACUCUUGCGCAAAGGAUCUCUAUUUGCCGGAAUUAUGCGACGGACGCCCAAACUACAUUGGUGAGGAAAACGGAGUUUAUUUUUCAAAUAACUUCUUUAUUUGAUAUUCAUUUAUUCUUGCAGAUAUUUCAUCAGGAUGCAUGUUUAGAACUGGGUCCAGUUGUCUUUUUUCCUUCAAAUGCGUACCCAAUUAAAUCUAUUGUUUCCUUUUCUAUCCUUUUGUGUACGCUGCUAAUAUCCAGAUUAUCUUUGCUCUGCCAGAAAGAGAAAAUUGCCACUUUACUCACCUGUCUGAUUAUAGUUGACUAAUCUGUCCCAUGCAUGAAUUUUCUCCACUUUAUAAAUGUUUCAUUUGGAGCCUUCCUGUCACUUGCUUAGGUCACUUCAUUGUGAUAUGCGGAUACGACGGAGAAAAGGACGAGUUUGACAUCAGAGAUCCUGCCAGCUCGAGGUAUCUUUUCUACCCCCUUCCUGGGCGAGAAUGAUACCGGCCACAGCUGUUAUGUUUCUUGUUAUAUUUAUAGAUAACUCGCCCUCGCCCCUCCCUUGGUGUCGGAUCGUAUCCCCACAAUCUCCGGCAAUGGCCGUUCUCAAGGCAUCCAGAUAGCAUUGGACCGUAGCCCCUUGCUGUCCCAAAAACCCCAUCAGUUCAGAUUGUUAGAGACGAAAGUCAACGAAGUCGACCCAUCUCUGUCUGUCUGUCUGUCUCUCUCUCUCUCACCACCACCAGCACCACCACCAGCACCACCACCAGCACCAGCACCAGCACCACGAACCAGAGACUUUAAACGGCCCUCGAAUGUCCCAGCUCUCUUUCAACCGAGGGAGAUAGCAGCUACACAGCGAUCCUGUCGGGCUGGUACAGUUGUAGAUUCUGUCGGCGUGUGAUGGAUGCCCGGAAGACUGCUCCGUCACCACCAUCGCAGGGUCCUGUGGGAGAGCCGCCGCAAAAGUGCUCAUUUUGUGACGAUAUUGCAGGAAACAGGAGCGGAUCCCGCUAGCCUGCCUGGAAGUAGCCCGCAAAUCUUUCGGCACCGAUGAAGACAUUCUUCUGGUAACUUGCUCAUUCAUUAGUCUUCUUCUCUACCUUCCAGCCCAGCCGCGUGCACCGAGCAUUUCUAGCCCGCGACAUCGUUUCAGAUCUCCUUGA